ACAAGUUAAGCCUGGUAGUUUUAUGCUCAUCAAAAAUCCCGACCAAAUAACCGAAAAAUACUCAUCAGAAGAAGGGAUUGAAGCUUGAAAUCCACGCAAAAACUGUUUAUCCCAUAGAUAGCUUCAAUAAUGCCAAACUCUCUCCUCUUUCCCCAUCAUCCCCGCCUCACGAUUUCAUCCCACAGGGCCAUUGCUCCCCGAAGCGUCUUGUUCAUCAAUCACCCAACUCCACCACCACCACCAACGCACCCACUUCCACUUGUAAACAAGAAGCCUUCAUUCGGCGGAAAACGACAACAACAACAACAACAACGGGGGUUAAGGUUAACAACUACUACGAGAGCCUUGAGGAGGAGGGAAUGGAAAGAAUACGAGGAGGCUGUGAAGGACAAAGAUCUCUCUCGAGCUCUUCGCUUCUUGAAAGACAUCCCCGACCCAGAAAACUCAUCAUCCUCUCCCGUGCCCAUGGAUGAUGAGUCAUCAACUCGGUCUCUCAAGGGUGGUGCUCGUGGUGGUGGAUUGAGUGGUGGUUGGGUUGUUGGAUGGGAGAGAGAUUUGGAGAUUUUGGAUGCGUGCUUGAAUGCCGAUGAUAUGAGGCUUGUUGGGGCUACCUAUUCCUUCCUCAAGGACAGAGGCUUUUUGCCCAAUUUUGCCAAGUGUCGAAAAAUAGUUUUGGAGGGCACAAGAGAUGUUACGCCUAGCGUUUUGAAGUCUUCAACGGGGUUGGAAGUGUCUAAACUUUCACCGAAGAAGUGGGGUCUUUCACAGAGCUCCAGUAUCGUUUUGGUUACUUUUCUUGGUGGUGUAUCUUUUCUGCUAAAUCAAGGAAUAGAUGUCAGACCUAAUCUCGCAGCUAUAUUGGGGUUGGCCAUGAUGGACUCUAUCUUUCUUGGUGGUUCCUGUUUGGCACAAAUCUCAAGUUACUGGCCACCAUAUAGGCGUCGUAUUCUUGUUCAUGAAGCAGGACAUCUUCUUACAGCAUACCUCAUGGGUUGCCCAAUUCGUGGAGUAAUAUUAGACCCAAUAGUUGCAAUGCAAAUGGGCAUUCAAGGACAGGCAGGAACACAGUUUUGGGAUGAGAAUCUUCAGAAGGAGCUUUCUGAAGGCCGACUAAGCGGUACUGCCUUUGACAGGUACUGCAUGGUGCUUUUCGCGGGGAUUGCUGCUGAAGCACUUGUCUAUGGGGAAGCAGAGGGUGGAGAAAAUGAUGAAAACCUGUUCAGGAGUAUCUGUGUUCUUCUGGAACCCCCACUGUCCGUAGCACAGAUGUCAAAUCAAGCAAGGUGGUCAGUUCUGCAGUCUUAUAAUAUAUUGAAAUGGCAUAAACAUGCCCAUCGAGCUGCUGUAGAAGCUUUGGAAAGUGGUGGCAGUCUAAGUGUCGUCAUCAGGAGAAUUGAGGAGGCCAUGUCUUCAACUAGAUGAACCCUUAUGUGCUGUAAUCCUGCUAUUUUCUUCUAAGCAUAUAGAAAUUGAGGUAAGGUCUAUGUUUCUUCUAGGCAAUGUCUCUUUCAUGUUUACAUCGGCACUGAUUCUGGAAUUGCCUUGAAUGAUGUAAACCAAGACUUGUAGCUUUGGCAGGAGGGAAUGGAAAUGGUAUGAAUGUAUUAAUGUUAUGGCCAAUCCCUCGUAUCACUUGCCUACCAUGAUAAAUGGCAUCGGUAUGAAGAUGAUAGGAUUUUCGCCAACUGGGUAAUAAGACUCUUUGAAGUAUGAAGCUGAAGUCAAGUCACUAUCUGUUUGCUUCAAUGAACUACCUGGAGAGAAUUUGUAUGAAUGGAAGUUUUGACCAGACAUUCCAAAGGGCUUGGACUCCCUACGGUUGAAGUGUCAUCUGUCGGAAGUGGAAAGUAUCAUCUUAUACGUAGCAUUUGAUUCUUAUUGUAAACUUAUUACCAUCACUUCACUCAGCACUUGUAGUUGUUUAUUAGACUCUUGCCGUUGUAGAAUUCCAUUUUUAAGGGGCAGCUUCUUCUCAGAGCUGGCGGCCAUGAUUGGCUAUUCAGGUUCUUAUUUCCGUCUCUACUUCCCUCUUUAUGGGAAAUGAUGUAUUGAACAGUGGUGAAUUAACCCGGUUAAGCAAUUAGAUUGUUAUCCAUUUUCAACUA